AUGAAUCCAUCAGCGAUGACUUUUAAACUGCAUCAAACGAAUUUUUAUUCUAUCCAUACCGAUCAAUUAACAAAAGCUGAAGAAAACAUCUUUCAAGAAUUAUUAUGUGAAUGCACUGAUACUUCUACACUUGAUCUUUUACUUGAGAAAUGGACAAACCAUCAUGAUAAAAAUCUCUCUUUGAUGAGCAUAAAACAAAAUAUAUCUCUUCUUCUAUUAAAUGUUUCUAGUUUAAACAAGUACCUCGUCGACGUAUUUAAUUUAAUUGAUUCCAUAUCAUCAUCAACUGUGAUAUUAAAUGGUACACAUCAUGAUGAUAAUUCGGUUAAACAAUUUAGGUCUCAUUUCUUUAACUUCAAUGUGUUUUCAAUGAAAGGAACAAAUAUGUUUGGUGGUUUGUUAAUAGCGAUGCAUAAAUCAAUUCGUUCACAACGUGUAGCUGAAUUUGACAAUUUAUGUAAUUUAAUCGUGCUAGAAGUUCGAUCAGAUUUGGAUAUAUUUCAAUUAGUUACAUGUUAUUCUCCACCUACUGAACUCAUUCCUCUUGAUAUAUUUGAUCGGUUACCUCAACAUAAUCCAAAUACAAUCUUUACCGGUGAUUUUAACGCUAAGCACAAUUCAUGGUCAAGAUCCGCAGAUAAUCAAAAGGGUCGAGCUUUAUUUAGCUGGCAAUCUUUAUCACCAAUCCAUUCAUCUCUGGAAAUUAUUAACAAAUAUAUAUCUACUUCAACUCGUUCAAAUGCAACGAUUGAUUUAAGUAUCGCACCAUCGCAUAUGUCCAUUGCUUCCUUCUCGGUUCUUCCAAGUAUUCGAAAUGAUCAUCAUCCUGUUCUAUGA